AUGUCGCGGCUUCAACCUCGCGCAAAGGCUGUUUCCACGUCAAACAUCUCCUCCCAAUCAGCUUCUGCGAACGCUUCUACGGGCUCUGCGCAAACCAUCCAAGAUGCUGCCCCCAAAGUAGGAGGGCCCAAAACUCGCUCUGCUCCUCGGCAAGCUUCCAGCGACCCCGCCUCGGAUCGGUCAACGUUGUUCCUAAUUCGAAGGACAUUAUGUCCAAAUCUUGCGGAAAAGGGUCGAAAUACCCCAGCGCCUAUCGACGAAAUCUUGCCCCCUCUGACGAGCAGUAAUGAGGUGGAUCUACAAUUAUACGCAUUUAUUGCUAUCAUUAUACGGGAAUUCGUCCAUACUUGGUAUACCAAAAUCACUCCGGACUCGGUGUUUGUGGAAGAGGUUGUCCAGAUCAUUGCACAUUGCACCAGAGCUUUAGAGCAGAGGAUAAGGAAUGUAGACAUAGAAAGUCUGGUGUUAGAUGAGCUACCGGAUCUGCUAGACGUCCACGUUCAAGCGUAUCGGACAUCUCACAAGCCUCUCAAUCCGUCUCCGCUCGAAACAAAUCCUCGCGAGAUCUAUCAUUCCUUAUGGCCUAUGCCCGCUCUUUCUCCAGUCCCAGAUGGGUCUGGUGGCCCACUCGCCCAACAGCAAAUAAAUAAUGAAGCCGUCUACCGACAGAUGUUGGUCCAAGGUGUCCUAGCUGUCUUGUUACCCACGGAGGAUCUCGAAAAUGACUGUCUGACAACAUUGGUUGGACAGAUAUUCUCUGAAAUGAUCAUUGGAAAUGGUAUUGGUGGAAAGGCUUCGGAACCGUGGUUGCUCUGGGAAGGUAUCACGAAAAUUGCGGAGAUUGUCCAGGCCCAACUACCAAGAUCGCAAGCCAAUGUCCGACUUGCUAGGUCGAAUUCAGAAUUGGGCCCCUACGUCGCGCCAGCCGAAUUGUUCUCGUCAAAGAAGAAAUGGAAUAUUCAAUGGUCCAUUCAGAAGACUUUCUGGCUAGUCCUGCAAUACGCCUUUGUUGCCUUUACGGCGGCGAGGUUUUUGAUAUUGACGCUUGCUCAAUCUUCAUCACUUCCUUCUCGCAUUACCUCCCCGAAGAUCAGCAGCUCAGCGGUUCUAGAGGGUCACUCGAGUCAAGACGGGAUAGAUGCUGAGCCAAUCGCCACCAAAGCUAUUCCAAGCAAGACACCUAUCGUGGAGAUGAGAAUAUGGUCUGCUGCUGCUCGCUUACUGGACUUUGAUUUCCGCAUGCCCUGGCUUGCGGCAACGUUGUCAUUUCUUCAGUGGGGAGCCCUCACGGGGCCAGGACAGCUAGGGAAUACGGACGGAAGAAUCGACAAAAUCCUCUCUCACGCAAUCCAAACGCAUGUCCUCGACCCCUCUAGACUCCCUUUCCUCCUUCGCACCGUCCGCGCCGCCAUCUUCCCCGCCAACACCCUCGCGCCCCCACGUGAGAUCCCUACACCUGCUGAGUCUCUGCUUCUCCGCAGGAAAUGCGCUGAGACUAUCUUGUCAUUAAUCCCGGAAAAGGUACAAGGUAUCUACUUUGGUCCGGGUGUUGAGAAGCGCAUCAAGGAGGUCGAGGAUGUGUUGGACUGUUUCGGUGAUAGCUAUUGUAAUAAGCAUCUCUUGUACGGAAUUGUGGAGCUGAUCAUCGUAAGGCUUAUGCCAGAGUUGGGGGAGAAGGGCGUAGCGGCCUUGCUCGAGGAGAGGCUUAGCUAG